GCCCAGCUCUCAUGAUUACUUCACAUCGAAAAAGUUAGGACAGGCAGUACUGCGGCAGGAAUUUACCGUGAAAUAUAAAUACAUACACGCUAAACAUAACAUUUAAAGUAGUAACAAACUCAAGAAGGCCAUUUUAAACGUGUUGUAUUUCGUACAUCAAGGUCUGUUCUGCAGUAAGCAGCAAAAUAGAAUUGUUCAAGAAAGAAGCAGCCCAUGAAACAGUGACCUAAAGCCGAAUAGAAGCCUGCGAGUUGCGGGCUGACAAAGUGAAAAUCAGGGUUCUUUUUUAGAGCACAAUGUCCACUCCAGCUAGAAGACGUCUUAUGAGGGACUUCAAACGACUUCAAGAAGAUCCCCCUGCUGGUGUCAGUGGAGCCCCUACAGAAAACAACAUUAUGCUUUGGAAUGCAGUUAUUUUUGGACCAGAAGAGACCCCUUUUGAGGAAGGUACAUUUAGAUUAACAAUGGAAUUUACUGAAGAAUACCCCAACAAGCCUCCAAUAGUGAAAUUUAUUUCCAAGAUGUUUCACCCAAACGGUAAGAUGGUUUAUAUUAAUGAUGUUAUUUUGAAAGUAAGAUGCAGGCCUGUUCAUUUAAGACGUGGUUGCUUACAUCAGUUGGUACCAUUGCUUUUAAGUUACCAAGGACCA